AUGAACCAGCUAACCAGUGAAUCAACCAAGCUAAGAGUGGCUCUGACCACAAGGAUCAAGGCAAUCAUGAGGGAUUCAGCAGCAACAAGUGUCAUCAAAGGGAAGAUAGUACAAAGUCACCUUCUGAACAAAGCAAGGCAGCGGAUUGGAUUGGAGCUAAAUCAUUGCUUAGCAACAGCUGAUGUCCGCUCAGACAAGAAUUCUUCAAUCUCCAAUUAUGAGAUCAAUCGGGCUGCACUCACAAUUGCGCAUGCAGUAGUAAAUCCUUAUUAUGUAGACUGGGACGCCUCAAGAUUUGCUGACAUGGUCAAGGCAUCCACACCUAGUGCUGGUGGUUCACUCUCUGAAACUGAACGGCUACAAAAGUACUUUGCAGCAGCUAAGAUUGGAAAAAUUUCAGCCCCAGCUACCAUUGUGGACAGGGAGGGUAAUAUUGUGACAAUUUACUUGCCCAAUAUUCUGUCACCUUUUCGAGUUGAUUGUGUCAACUCAGCCACCAAGGCUUUACGAAAUUUGCUUCUUCGAUCAAUUCCGUCCUCCUCGGACAAAUCGUCUUGGAGAUCUCAAGGCUUUGUUAUGCCAGAGGAGGGUGGAGAAUUUGGGGCAGGCCGAAUUACAGUAUCACCAGCAUAUUUUAUGCAAAGGCAUGAGGUACUGGUCAAAUCAACUUGUUUAGCUGCUUUUGACACAUUCUGGCAACAGAGACUUCAAGACCCAAUGGUGACCUCAGCUUCUUACAAGUCUGUUGAAGUCCAAGAGUGGCUAGCUGCCUUGUCAACCACAGAAUUCUUCUGGAAUGCCAUUACUGCUGCCUCGGCUCCAGAUCUAUUCAAAGCAGGCGCCACUGCGAUCAGCCGAGUUGUCCAGGAACUUCAAGAAUCUGUUAAACCAGUGGACAUUGGUGGCGCGCCUUCCCUUUUUGAUCUUCUGAUCAGUUUGGGUAGUGGCCAUAAGGCUAAGUUGGUGUUGGCUGAUGUAGGGGCAGAGCUGGAUUAUUACCCUGGGACAAUGAACUUUAUUUCCGGGAAGGUUCUACAACACUCUAUUGGUCCCUGGGGUGAAGGAGAAAGGCUCGUUAUCGCCCAUUUUAUGAAGGAUAAAAUACACUCCAGAGUUGCAGUAUCAAGACCAGCCUUUCCAACACAAGCCUUUUUUUUAAAGAUGGUGGGGCAAGGGGAUAAGGGCAGAUGA